AAGGUUGCUCACUAUGAGGACAAGGUUCCUCACUCUGAGGACAAAGUUCCUCACUCUGAGGACAAGGUACCUCACUCUGAGGACGAGCUUCCUCACACUGAGGACAAGAUUCCUCACUUUGAAGACAAGGUUCCUCACUCUGAGGAAAAGGUUCCUCACAGUGAGGACAAGGUUCCUCACUCUUAAGUCAGGUUCCUCACUCUGAAGUCAGGUUCCUCACUCUGAUGACAAAGUUUAUCACCCUGAGGACAAGGUUCGUCACUCUGUGGACAAGGUUCUUCACUAUGAGGACAAGGUUCCUCACUCUGAGUACAAGGUUGCUCACUCUGAGGACAACAUUCCUCAAUCUGAAAACAAGGUUCCUCACUCUGAGGACAAGGUUCCUCACUCUGAGUACAAGGGUCCUCACUCUGAGCACAAGGUUCCUCACUCUGGAAACAAGGUUCCUCACUCUGAGGACAAGGUUCCUCACUCUGAGUACAAGGGUCCUCACUCUGAGCACAAGGUUCCUCACUCUGAGGGCUAGGUUCCUCACUCUGAGGACAAGGUUCCUCACUCUGAGAAUAAGAUUCCUCACACUGAGGACAAGGUUCCUCACUCUAACGACAAUGUUCCUCACACUGAGGAAAAGGUUGCUUUCUCUGAGAACAACGUUCAUAACUCUGAGGACAAGGUUCCUCACUUUGAAGAGAAGGCUGCUCACUAUGAGGACAAGGUUCGUCACUCUGAGGACAAAGUUCCUCACUCUGAGGACAAGGUACCUCAAUCUGAGGACGAGCUUCCUCACACUGAGGACAAGAUUCCUCACUAUGAAGACAAGGUUCCUCACUCUGAGGAAAAGGUUCCUCACAGUGAGGACAAGGUUCCUCACUCUGAAGUCAGGUUCCUCACUCUGAAGUCAGGUUCCUCACUCUGAUGACAAAGUUUAUCACCCUGAGGACAAGGUUCGUCACUCUGAGGACAAGGUUCUUCACUAUGAGGACAAGGUUCCUCACUCUAAGGACUAGGUUCCUCACUCUGAGGACAAGGUUCCCCACUCUGAGUACAAGGUUGCUCACUCUGAGGACAGCAUUCCUCAAUCUGAAAACAAGGUUCCUCACUCUGAGGACAAGGUUCCUCACUCCGAGUACAAGGGUCCUCACUCUGAGCACAAGGUUCCUCACUCUGAAGAAAAGGCUGCUCACUAUGAGGACAAGGUUCCUCACUCUGAGGACAAAGUUCCUUACUCUGAGGACAAGGUACCUCAAUCUGAGGACGAGCUUCCUCACACUGAGGACAAGAUUCCUCACUAUGAAGACAAGGUUCCUCACUCUGAGGAAAAGUUUCCUCACAGUGAGGACAAGGUUCCUCACUCUGAAGUCAUGUUCCUCACUCUGAAGUCAGGUUCCUCACUCUGA